UCUCAGUACAAAAUUUUUUAUCACAAUUAAAAAGAUAAUUUUAAAACAAGUGCAACAGACAUUAAAUCGGUUAUACUGUAACGUCACUUUGUGUUUUUUAUCAUCGUAAUAUAAGGCAGAAAUACAAUGGCAUCUACAAGUACUGGCGUGACGAGUGAAGCAUCUACAAGUGCUGAACAACAAUAUCAAUGCCAAGUUUGUGAUGCCGUUUUCGAAAAUAAAUCGAUCUUAUCGAAGCAUUACAAUACGUGUCACAAACACAAUGAUACAUUCCUAUGUACUAAAUGUGAUUACACAACUGGAUAUCUUGGCAAUCUAAAGAAACAUACAUCAAUUCAUUUAAAUGAUUCCUCUAGUCAUUCCUUUUAUACCUGCAAGGUUUGUGAUGCCGUUUUCGAAAAUAAAUCGAUCUUAUCGAAGCAUUAUCAUAGUUCUCAUAAACACAAUAAUACAUUUCUAUGUACUAAAUGUGAUUUCACAACUAAAAACCUUUACAAUCUAAAAGUACAUACAUCAAUUCAUUUAAAUGAUUCCUUGUAUACCUGCGGGAUAUGUGAUAAAGAUUUUUCUACACUUCAAGAAUUUCAAAAUCAUCAAAAUGAUCAUAAAUGUAUGAUGUCGAACAUGUUGGUAUGUAGUAUAUGUACAAAUCGGAAUUUUUAUUUAUUUUGGGAUUUGCUCAACCAUCACAUACAAGUGCAUUUAAAUAAAGUCCUUUAUAUUUGCGUGGUGUGCGAUAGUGUUCUCAAAACAAGAUUGUUCUCACAACAUUAUUAUGCUUGUCAUAGACACAAUAGUAAUUACGUUUGUGCUAAAUGUGAUUGCACAACUACACACUUUAAGAAUUUAGAAAUACAUGCAGAACAAAUGCAUUUGUAUGACAAGUCUUAUUGCAUGGCAAGUUUUUGA